AGAAAACGGUGUGGCGGAGUCUGGUUUGUUACCUCUUAGAGCAGGUAGAUUGACGCGUUUUGGUCCCUCUUGCGGUCAGAAACUGCUACUGGGCUUGUUCGUUACUCUUGAAACUCAAAGCUAAGUGUUGCUGUCUUAACUCACUGUUCAAUAAGUGGCUGCAUCGGUUGUAACUAACUGUUAAAAGCAACGAGUGAUUUCUGUUGACAGCCUUCGCUGCGAUUUGUUUGUUUUUUGUAAAGCCCGAGCAGCUCUUCUUCAGCUACUCUUAACAACCCCUAAGAGCCGCUGCAGACCCCAAAAUGACCUCCAAAAAAGUAAUCGAGUUGUUCUACGAUGUGGUUUCCCCCUAUUCCUGGCUUGGCUUUGAGGUCAUGUGCCGCUACAGAAAUGUUUGGAACAUCGAACUCAAACUGCGUCCCGCGUUUCUGGGUGGCGUCAUGCAAGGAGCAGGCAACAAGCCUCCUGGUUUGGUUCCUAACAAAUUUAAGUACAUGACCAAAGAUCUCAGCCGCUUGGCAGAAUACUUCGAUGUCCCCUUGCAGCCGCCUGCUGACCCCUUUGAGGCCAUGUUCCAGAAAGGCUCGUUGACUGCAAUGCGAUUUGUGGCAGCAGUGCAAGAAAAGGAGAAGGAUGGAGACAAGAAGGUGGAGAAUGUGUCCCGUGAGCUGUGGAGAAGGAUCUGGAGUGAAGACAAAGACAUCACUGAACCUGCAUCACUGUCUGAGGCAGCACUGAAAGCAGGAUUAUCUGAAAGCGAGAUAAAAGAAGUUCUGGCCUUGUCCACCUCGACAGAGAUCAAAAACAACCUUAAAAGCACAACACAGGCAGCGCUUGAUCAUGGGGCUUUUGGCUUCCCCAUGAUUGUGUGCCAUGUUGGUGGAAAGCCAGAGAUGUUCUUUGGAUCUGACAGAUUUGAGCUGAUUGCCCACUGCAUAGGAGAGGAAUGGCUAGGACCUAAUCCCAACAAACUUGCCAAGCUGUGAAAUGAAAACUGUUGUCAUGUGAAGUAGAUUUGCUCACAUUUUUAAUUUGUGAUUAAUUUGGGUUUUUUGAUUUUUUUGGAAUUGAAAAUUCCUGUUUUCCAGGUUGUGCCUCUGAAACCAAGCAGUACCUUUUAAAUAGAUAUUAAUAUAGUACGGAAAAUUAGAUGGUUAGGUUGUGUUUUAACCACAAGCUGAAGAAGCACAUUCUCAGAAACAUUCAUAACUUGAGGGACUUACAGUUACAGUUAAUCUUCUUUUUUUUCCCCAUUGGGUGUGCCAAAUUGAUAAAUCAUUUUAUUGGCUAUUGUAUUCCCUGGUAAUGAAAGCUUGUUUCUACCACUGAAGAAAAAAAAAAA